UUUUUCUUUCUCUCAGUCCUCCGUGCUGGCAAAAUUAGCAGGGUAUAGGACGAUGGACGGAGGUGGAAGCAGCCAGGAUGCCAGUGGGUGAAAACGAAAGUUUGGAAGAAAAAUGUUGCAGCGUCAGUCCUUGGCAUACGUACCACAGGACUAAGGGCACUGAAUAAACAGAAUAGGGGAGGAGAGCUGGGUCAUCUUCAAAGAGCUUUUUGAAGAAAACGAAUGAGCAGCAAAUGAGGCAUAAAAGCGUUGGUUGCCACUGUUUCAGAUUCCAGUGGUGUAUGUACCGAUACCCGCAAUUUGUUGAGGUUUAUUGGAGUCCAGAAUUUGUGUUCUCUUACAGUCAGGUCGAGAUCUGCAACAGUACCAGAGUCAAGCCAAGCAAUUGUUCCGAAAGCUCAAUGAACACUCUCCUACGAGGUGCACUUUAGAAGCUGGACCCAUGACUUUUCAUUACAUUAUCGAAAGAGGCGUGUGCUACCUGGUCUUGUGUGAAGCUUCCUUCCCCAAAAAGCUUGCCUUUGCGUACCUAGAAGAUUUAUAUGCAGAAUUUGAUGAACAGCAUGGAAAGAAGGUGUCAACGGUGUCCAGACCAUACUCUUUCAUCGAGUUUGACACUUACAUCCAGAAAACCAAGAAACUGUACAUCGACAGCCGUGCAAGAAGGAACCUUGGCUCCAUCAACACAGAGCUGCAGGACGUACAGAGAAUUAUGGUGGCCAACAUCGAGGAAGUCUUGCAACGAGGCGAGGCGCUCUCAGCUUUGGAUUCCAAGGCAAACAACCUGUCUAGUCUGUCCAAGAAAUACCGCCAGGAUGCAAAGUAUCUGAACAUGCGCUCCACCUACGCCAAGCUUGCGGCCGUCGCCGUCUUUUUCAUCAUGUUGAUUGUCUACGUGCGGUUCUGGUGGCUUUGAGGGGUUUCCGGGGGGUCCGAGAGGUGACUCGUGGCGCCGCGAGUGUGUAGAAAUGAGAUGCCAAGAUCGCGGGGGGUAUACAUUAGAGUCCCUGUAGGAUGUCUGAGUGAAACGUAAUUCCCAAAUGUUAGAGCUUACUGGCAACCCUGGAUUUCCUUUUCUAGCAACCGCACACUUGUAAGAUGUGAUAUUGUCUAUCCCAGCAGCAGUGGUGCUGGGGUGUUCUGAGCGGGCCGAUCCGCUCAUUUCAAAGCUGCUCGGCCCUGCUGGCUUUUUCUCCUUGUAAAUAUGCCUGGACCUUGCUCAAGGGGACUUUAAUGAACUUUGCUGGUAGUGGUGACAUUUCCUUAUUAAGAGUUUGGCUCUUCUCGAACAGAGAUCCCUGUUUAAAAAUUGUGACUUUAUUAUACAUAUUUUUCUGUUUGUCCAGUGCUGAUUUUAUAUUGUUCAAAAUCUUGACUCCUUUCACCAUUAAUCUAGUGAGUAAAUUCUGCUCCAGCUGUUCUCUCCCGUUGCUAAGUGAGCCAGAAAGAUAAUAUUGGAGAAUUAAACAACUAGUCUGUAAUCCA